AGUUUAAGUUGGUGACACUGCGCCAUACAAAACAAAACAGCAUGAGUGCUAAUGUUUUGCUUGGAGGAAAGGAGGAACAGCUGAUGAAUUCGUGUGUGUUCAAAUUGUGCUGUAGUGUUGCGACAGUGGUUUUGCUUCGGUCUUAGUGUAAAAGUAAAGUGAUAUCUGAUAAGAUGGCACAUGCAAGGUCCUUGCCACAAAGCAAGGAAGCGUUGCUAAAAUCGUACACGACAAGACUGAGGGAUGAUGUUAAGUCUAUGCUGGAAAAUUUUGAUGAAAUAAUCAGAUUGUCGAAGGCGGAGAGUGAUACGCAGCUGUCGAAGAUGACACAGAGCGAACAAGACACAUUUGAAAUGCAUGUUCGUGCUGCUAAUAUUGUUCGCGCAGGUGAAUCUUUGAUGAAGUUGGUGUCUGAUAUCAAACAGUAUUUAAUAUUAAACGAUUUUCCCUCGGUUAAUGAGGCCAUCACACAAAACUCGAAGCUAUUCCGAACGAAGCAAGCAGAAUGUGAUCAGAAACUAAUGAGUCUUAGAGAUGACAUGGCUGCUGAUUUGUAUGAUCUGGAAGAGGAGUAUUACUCGUCAAUUUAUAAGUGACUGGACACCAUCUAGUUAGUGUGGUAAUUGUACUGGACCGUUCUAGAUGUUCCAGAAACAUUAUUUUUGCACCCAUUUAACUUUGAAGUACCUGUGAAUUAUCUGUAAUGAGAUGAGGUAAUACUUGUAUAUGGAUGCAUGAAGUGUUUUGUGUUAAUUGUGACUGAUCAUACAAUCAGUGCUCUUAAUAAAGAGUGUUUGUAAGGGCUCCAGUAUUGCCACAAGUCUUGUGGCAACUUUUUGUUCAACUGCAAACCAUAAAAUGGGUAUGACUUA